GCAAAUGAAUUCCCUGACCCCAUUGAAAAUUAGUCUGGAGUGAGGUGCUGCUACUUCACCCCAAUAUACUCAUUACAUCUUGCAAAAGGAGGAGAGAAGAAAGUUUAGCCAGCUGUCCCCAGGCAUACAAGAAAUCGGAGAGAAGCAGAGAAAUCUCUGCUUUGGGGAACUUGCAAUGCACUGGAAGAUGCUGUUCCUGUUCUUGCUGUAUUAUAAUGCUCAUGGCACUGUGCCACCCAGGUGGAACCGAGCUAUGAUUUUUCCAUCAGCUCAGCGUGUGAAGAGAUCCUCAGCAGCUCUUCUCAACCCGGUGCUUCAGAAGUCUCAGGAUGAUGUAGAUCUUCUAUUUGAGUUUCUUCUAGGUGAGCUGGACAUCGGUGAGGAUCUAAAAAUCACUGUCAAAGAUGAGGAACUCGCUUCAACCAGGAAGGCAAUGACUUUUGACACACUGUGUAAUGAUGUUAUCCCAAAAAGUAUUACAGAAAUACGCAGAUUAAGCUCCAGGCUGUUAGGCUACCCUGGGAUGCUAAAGAAAGAAGAUUUUGAAAGGACGGUAUUGACCAUGGUCUACACAGCAUACAGGACAGCUCAGUCCCAAGGUCAUCAGAAAGACACCUGGGCAGAAUCCUUUGUAAAACUUUACAAGGUUCUGAUGCAUGACUUGAAGUUGCCAUCCAGCUAAGCUCCAACAUCUCAGAGAACUUGAUGCACCAGGAACUUACUGUGAUUAUAGGAAGGAUAUCUGCUUCUCCCUUUUGAUAAGUAAUAAAGGAAACAAACUUUAGAGCUGCAGUCUUGAACAUAUUCCUGAUUCUCUAGCUCCUCCUAGAGGGAAUCUGUUGUAAAAUCUUCUGUAUUGUAUAUUACAGAUUAUAUUAAUUCCUGCUAGAGAAGUUUUCCAAAUCAUCUGGUCUUGUUUUUGAAGUGUAACCAAUGGAUUAAGAAUCCUCUCUCGUGUUUUUAUUUUAUUUCCAUCACUGUCUUUCCCAUGUUUGUAUAGAUUAUCACUCACACAAAUUUUAACCCCAGCUUUUAACUGAAACAGUUAAACUCAGCAAAGCUCAUCUCAUCCUCGGUUGGGAAUUAACCAAGUUUUCCAGGAUAUGGGGGAAUCAGAAAACUUGCAUAUAUAUUUUUUUUACCUCUUCUAAAAGCUCAGGAAAAAAAAUGCUGAUCCCAAUCCUUUUGGAAACUCCCUCUUGCUAUUUCCUCCAAAUACAUUCUUUCUCCCCUUUUCUGUUGAGAAGCGUUGAUAGGAGAUGAAGCAAUGGGUUCAAUCAA